UCAUUUUAAUCUCAUAUGUUUUGAAUCUUUUGAUCACUGCCUCUUUGCAAUAGUUAUUUCAAAUCCCUUCAAACUUAACUUCAUCUAAAUUACGGAAGUUAAGAGCUAUGUUUCUCAAAGUGGAAUUGCCCUGGAAUGUAGUAAUCCCGCCUGCAAACCUGGUUGCAAAAGGAUUGAUGCUUAAAAAAUCAAUCAGUCUGCGAUUGCUCAAAGGCUUUGCUGCAAAUAAGGCAACCAAAGAUCAUGGGUACUUUCUUGCGAUCACAACCGUGGAAAGCAUAGGAGAGGGGAAAGUCAGGCGCUCCGGGGAUGUGGUGUAUCCAGUUGUGUUUAGUUGCAUCACUUUUAAGCUUUUCAGGGGGGAGAUCAUAGAGGGGGUUGUUCACCAUGUGCUGAGAAAUGGAGUUUUGAUGAACUGCGGCCCUGUUGAAAACAUAUUUCUAUAUAAGGACUUAAUGCCUGAUUACCGAUAUGUCCCCGGAGAGAAUCCCAUUUUCUUGAACGAAAAGACGGGUUCUAAGAUUGUGAAAGAUGUAUUGGUUCGUUGUGUUGUUCUUGGGACUAAGUGGCUUGAAGAAGAAAGGGAGUUUCGGGGACUGGUUAGCUUGGAGGGUGAUUAUCUAGGACCAGUUUCAUAA